AUGGCCGAGAAGCUGGCGACCGAGCUCCAGAUCCCGGGGAUCAGCCCUCUCCAGCUGCAGGACAUGACCUGGAAGACGAAGGAGAAGGUGCUGCUCCUGCUGCUCGAGAAGAACGGGUCGUCCGAGCCCAUCUACGAAGAGCUCAAGAACCUUGCAGCCGAUCGCAAGCAGGAACGCGCCUUUGAGAAGACCGACGGCGCCAUGUCCAAGGACGCGCUGCGCAAGAAGGAAGACUCGUAUCGCGCCAGCUUUAUGAAGGUCGUCGCCAAGGAACUGGCGCGCAUGGGCGCGCCGUCGCUCGUAACAUGGCAGCGCCUCGUCCUCGAUAAAGACUGCACGUACCAGGCCAUUCGCAUCUUGCUCACAAAGAUCAAGUCUUCGCAGAAGAAACGAUCGGGCAGCGCUCUCCUCCCGCUCCUGGAGCCCAAGGCGCGGCCAUCGACCAUGGACGACAAGCCGAUCGCUGCCUUGAUCCCGGCCAAGCCCGCUAAAGCUGUCAUUAAGCGCCCGGCGUCCCCCAAGCCCCCCUCCUCUAACCAGGUCGAGGAGGUCGCCCCCGAAAUGCAGCGAGUGACGACGGCCCCCAAGCCGACCAAGCCCAAAGUCGACCCCAAGCUACAAGCAGCGCUGCUCGAGAACGAAGCGUUGCGCAAAGAAAUUGAUCAUCUCGAAGGGCUCAAUGCGACGCUCCUCAAAAGUUCCGACGAGCCUCUGCAAGGACCCAGCGCCGAGCGCCGCGUCCGCCUCUUGAAAGCCCAGAACCACCAGCUGCAGCGUCAAGUGGACAUGCUCCUCGACGCCGUGGCUGCACGAGAAUCGGCGGUCACGGACCUGCAAGCGCUGCUACAUGCGUUGAAUCAAGCUGUUGAAGUGGGUCUUGCAGACGCCAAGGAGGCCGAUCUCCAGCAGACUAUCAAGCAAAUCGAGCGCCAGCUACUUGGACUCAACCGAUCGUUGGGCGCGAGUAUGGAGCAGAAGCUGCGCCACUCGGACGAUGGACUGCUCGACGAAAACUACAAGGUGCUUCGCGUCCGCGAUGUGCACAAUCAACACAGUUGCCAUGGCCCGCUGCACAUGCCCAACGUCGAGCACUUGCGUUUCGAUCGCUUGCAGCAGAUCGAAAGCCAUCUCUCGCAGCUCACGUCACAACUGCUCGGUUUUGCUAAAGACGCAACCGAAGUGACGCCUCCGUUGAUCAGUGACGCCGCGACCAUGCGUCUGCACGACCAAGCUCGGGAUCUCGCUCGGCAAACACGAGCCUUGGCGACAGAAACAGCAUCGCUCGGUGCCGUCGUCUGUGCGCACGCGGUUGGCCCUGGCUUCGAGCGCCAUCACCCGUCACGACCAACGGUGGCAGCCAUUUUGGCCGAGCUGCCGCCGUUCCCCAGCGCCCACAAAGAGCGAGAGAAGGGAGUGCGUCUGCUGCUUCAGCGUCUCGACGCCUACCUCAGCGGCGUCGAAGCGCGGCUGGAGCAAGGUCUUGGCGAGCUAGCCUCAUUGCAGCAGAGCGUGCGAGGUCAAGCCUCUGCGUGGCGAACCAUGCUUCAGCAAUUCGACACGGUAUUUACCAAGAAGGUCCAGUGGGCGCAAGAGGCGCUCACGGCCGCCCUGGAUGGCAUCGUUAAAGUGUUUGAUGCCUUCAAAGCACAGCAAGUCAACGGCGGCACCAACCCGUAUGGUGAUCUCCUCGUUGAGACGUUCGAGACGCAGCGGUCCGCGCUCGUCCAAAUCCGGCAAAGCUACACGCAGUACGCUUCGACAGCACGUGUCAAGCUCGACACGUCUCUGGCCGAUAUGACGCGCGCGAUCGAGUGUGCGACUGUCUCCAGCUGA